UGACAGUUACGGUGUGCUUGUGGCAGCUGUGAAAAGGUGUAGUUGUAGCCGUUAAAUUUCAGAAAAAAGACCUUGUGUAUGUGUCUGUGUCUGUGUGGUCAGGAUCUGUCGACCUUAUCAUCUCCCAAAACUUCAAAAAAAGACAAGACGUCUCGUCGGGGAGGCCACUUCGUCUGACGAGGUGCAGGAAUGGAGCCCCUGCCGGGUGACAUCAGACAGCUAAUACAAGAUUGUGAGUUCUUUGUGACAGGUCUGCAGGAUGAGAACCUCAGCAGAGAAUGCUUUGAGACGCGGCAGUUGCUGUUGAAGAACUUCCGCGUCAUCUACAACAGAUAUCCACAGGAGUUUUCCUUUCCAUUGGAGGGAGGCCAUGAGGAGGGCUCGGAUGACAAUCGCAGCUCCAGUCUGGGGCGCUCUGCUCCCUCCGACGACCUCUCAAUGGGCUCAGACUACCAGGACGAGGGGGCACCCGAGUAUAAGGAGAUACCCGCGGUUGCUGCACAGGAGCUGAGUAAUAUAUUGAAACAGGGCUACCUGGAGAAGAAGAGGAGAGACCAUGGCUUAUUUCGAAUGGAGUGGCAGAAGAGGUGGUGUGUCCUUAGCAACACCAUAUUCUACUACUUCGGGAGCGAGAAAGACAAGCAACAGAAAGGUGCCUUCUACAUCAAUGGCUACCGGGCAGAGCUGGUCCCCAACCUCCGCAAGGACUCCAAGAAGAGUGCCUGCUUUGAGAUGACCGCCCCUGGCAGACGCUCGUACCAGUUCACAGCCAGCAGCACAAGAGAGGCCCGGGACUGGGUUGACCAAAUCAACUUCGUGCUCAAGGACCUCACCUCCACACUCAUCCCCUUUGACGACGAUGAGGAAGAGGAGGAGGAGGAUGAAGAGGAGACCUACGAUGACAUCGAGAGGGCCACGCCUCCGCCGCGCCCCAUGCCUGUUGCCGCACCAGCCCACCUGCCCCACAUGGGCCACGCAUCCCCCCAUCACCCCCACCCCCAGCCCCACCCCAUCGCAGCCUCGCACCGCAGGCCGGAGGGCUGGAAGAACCAGGACACCAUGGAGGAUGAGGAGGAGGAUGAGGAAGAGGAGGACAUCUAUGAAGUGCUGCCAGAGGAUGACUUGUCUGACGGUAUGGAGGAUGGACCAGACAGCAGAGCAAAAUCAGCGUCGUCUGACUAUGCUAACUACUACCAAGGGCUGUGGGACUGCGAGGCCGACCGGGCUGAUGAGCUGGCCUUCCAGAGGGGAGACCUCAUAUACAUACUCAGCAAGUCUAAUGAUGAGUGA